ACUGCUCUAGUAUGUACUUUGAUUUGAAGCAAUAGACUUAAAAUUAUUAUUAAAAAACUGUCUAGAAGUAAAUCAAGGACAACAUCAAUAUCCUUUUGCAUAUCCCAUGUCAUGAAUAUGUUCCGACAUAUCUAAGUGCUUUAUCAUUUAGUAAGUUUUAUUAUACAUUUUGAAUUUCAUAAGCGUGGUAUUCAUUCAUUACAGUCAAUUCCACCUGUUGUUCAUACUCAACGUCGGUUGGGGAUUUGAGGUUGAUUUUUCGAAAUCCUUUGUAAUCAUGUUAAAUAUGCAUUGUUACCGAGGAUAAUCAAAUUGAGAGCAAUAAAUACUUUUUGUAAAAACUGAAAUAGGGGUUUCUAUCUAUGCCUCUUUCUUGAAGAUGUUUCCAUCCCUCGUUAAUACAUUUCAUGAUACCAUUUCAUUUUUCCCUUUUGUGUUAGGCACCCUUAAUUUGCUAGUAAUGAUCAUAGUUGCCAUGGGAAUCAAAGUAUCAUGUCUUCCAACACGAAAACUACUUAGUGCGUCGUCACAGACUUGCCCCCCUCCAGUGGCCUACGAGUUACGUCGUGAUGUCCAACAUAUCAUCGGCUUGACUAAUAUUCUUUUGAGUAACUGGACUUGUUCUGUAGGUAGUAGUCUUAUUUCAGACUAUGGUAUUUCCCCAACACCAUCCGUACUGCCAGCCAUUAGUGCAAGUGACUCGGUGAGCUCCCUUGAUAAGUUGAAUAAAACUUUAGUUCAUAUACAGUACUACGAAUCCGUCCUGCGCCUUGUUAAAAGCAGUUCUAAUUUGGAAGAAGUCAGAGGGCAAAACUACACUACACUAGAAAGCAGAUUUAGUCAGAUGUCACGCAAAGUUCAUACAACACUGAGCUCGUGCGAGUGUAAUCUUCCUGCCUCUGGAGCCAUGGUGACGGUCACAUACGAACAAGGAUCCGAUCAAAAUGGAAGGGACUGUUCCGUCCUAAACAACAUCAAAGAGUCAAUGGUUUGGCUUCAAUCUUUUGUUUUUACCAGCGUCAGUGUUAGCAAAAUAGCCGAAUCCAUUUGUUCAUAGCAUCUAAGGAAAAUCCAACGUUAAUAGACAACUGCUCUAAAAGAAAGCAGAAAAUCAGAAAAGCAAUCUGGUUAACGUUUUGAAGGAAACCGGAAAAAAUAAUAAGAAAUCAAAGUUUGAAAGUUGUAAUCACUCUAGGUAUGGACACUGUAAAUAAGCCGAGUCGGUCAUGCCGCAGCGAUGUGGCGUUGGACAAUUUUCCUAUAAGCUUCCACACACAAAACGAUAAAAAGUAUUUUCCAAAAUUAAUGAAUCGGGAUGCCUUUGUUUUUCUUAGAUUUCUCUCAAACUUUCGACAUUCUGUAUUUGUCUCUCAUUUUUCGGCUUCCUUAUAGACCUUAUAGAGCUUGGCUUGCACUCUA